CCGGGUUGCCGUCAGUGUGCCGCGCAUCGUCGGACGUGCAUCGCGUCGGUCGUGUUGCGCUCGUGUGCGAGUAGUUGAGACAUGUGAUUCGAGUCCGUCAUAAUAGCGGAAAAGGAUGAAGUAGAAAAUGAUAAGGAGAUAUCUCACAAUCGUAGACGGCCUAAAGUGAGUCAAAAAGAACGUGAAGGCUCUCUUCGGAGCGAGACAAGAUCGGUCGUUAUAACAUUGGAUCCAUGCAACAUCCCUACUUGGAUAUCCUGUAGAAAUUUUUCCAAAUUGAUAUCUUUUCCGGUAAUCGAAUUUCACGAAUGGAAGGUUCGCGGCAUUCGAAGAGACAUUCCGAAAAUCAAACACGGCCAAACAUUUCCUGCGAAGAAGUUCAAGCCGGAAAGGAAUUGUGCAAAAACUUUUACGAACGUUCGUGUUUAAGUGUGGAAAACUUACGGUAAAAAAAGUGCCUGACAGAAUCAAGUAAUACGAAUCAACAUAAUUUGUGCUUGAUUAUAAGUGAAAUAUAAAAACUUUACAAAGUCACAGCAAGAUUCGAUAUUAAUCCAUGAAGAAGGAUGCAAUUACCGAGAAAAUUGUAAAAGAUAAUUAAUAUAAGACGAAAGAUCCGAGUGGUGAUCAGGCUUAAGGAAGGGAGGGGUAGUAGUGGCUGUGGUAACUUGAAAGAAUGGCGGAAGACUCUUUUCGCCGGAAAACCAGAUCGGCUUCGAUUUGUGCCCCAGGAUUUUCCAGCAUGGAAGAUAGUGGGAGCGGAACGCCGGAUGGUAGUACACCUACGAGGAGACGGAGACCGGCUACAAGAUCCCAGAGCGCCCGUGUUUCCGGCGGAAAUAAAAGCAUCCGACGCCGAGCCGCUGCCCAAGCGGCCGCUCAUCAUCAUCAUCAUCAUCAUGAGGGAGCCAGUAUGAAGUCAGCUCACUGCAGUAGCGAACCCAAACUGACCGAGAAUGACGUCAGUCCGGGGAUCAGGAGACGAGGGAGCCGAAGGGGGCAAAGCAUGCACUAUUCGCAUCAGAGGAAGAGCAACGCCUUCCUGGAUGUGCCUGACGUCUCGUCUCAGAUACCACCACGGGAGGAAGGCGAGGAUGAGGAUAGUUACAGACUUCGUAGCUUCAGUCUCACCAGCAAAGGUGUUGUCAACAGAGGAGAUUCUUUUAGGAGAAGAAGAUCGAGAUCGAAUUCUUUGGUGCCUGCCGAUCAGCAAAAUGAGGAACGGCGACUGCCGCCCAAGGAAGUAGCUUCGCACAACGUUGCUAUGUUAGGUACAAGAGGAGUUGGAAAAACCGCCCUAAUCAGUCAAUUUAUGACCAGCGAGUGUAUAAACGCCUACGAUAGACAGAGAGAUGUGCCAAGUGAGCAAUCCGUUUUCGUGAUGCUGAAUGGUGAAGAAAGCGAGCUUAAAUUCUUAAACAUCAUUAAUCUUAAAAUCGAAUUGGAAAAAAUGCCAUUGCCAGACGCCUUUGUCGUAAUGUAUUCAGUAAUCGACAAGGCAUCCUUUCAAAGGGCUGAAGAAUAUCUCGCUCGACUUCACGAUCAAGAUCUUCUUCGUGGUAGACCGGCUAUUCUGGUCGGGAACAAGGUCGAUUUGGUUCGUUCCAGAGUGGUUUCGCCCCAGGAUGGGAAAUGCUUGGCAUGUACCUACCGUGCGAAGUUCAUCGAAGUGUCGGUGGGCAUCAAUCACAACGUUGAUGAGCUUCUCGUUGGAAUACUCAAUCAGAUCCGUUUAAAGGUGGUCCAGAGUAAUCAGGAGAAUCGAAACAGCGGUGGCAGCGAGGGUAGUGCUCACUGGUACAAAUCUAGAGGUGUCGUGCGCGCCAGUAUGAAAGCCAGACAGAUGCUGACCUGGCUUUUCGGCAAAGAAGAUAGCAAAUUUAAAAAUUGUGAGAAUCUCCAUGUACUUUAAGUCACUGCGAUAGAAAAAGAUCGUAAUCGACCUGUUCGACUACUGUUUUAUUAGUCACGUAAGUAUGGCAUAAUUUGAAAAACUUCUUUCUUCGACGGGAACUUGAUUAGAAUUCUAGAAUUGAAGGAAUUUCCGUCGGGAAAGGAUCGUGAGAAUGUAGUGAAUCUGCUGAAUGGAUGCAUCUUUGAAUCAACAAUAUGUAUGUACCUUAAUGUUUAGAAUUGAACGUCAAGUCUUCGCUACUGAUAAUGUUUGUGAGAGUAUUUUGUAAUCCUAGAACGGGCGAGUUGGUCCGUGGACCAAUGGAUGCUAUUAGCAUCGGGUUAACAAAGUGCCAAUUAGUGAAAAUUAAUGCGCACUGAGUUUGGGGAGAAAAUCCCUCGAUUCCACACUCGUUUAACUAGAAUUACCUUCUGAGAAAUGUGAGUAAUUAAUCCUUUCAGUCCCAGGUGUGACCAAGCGUUGCUUCUCAGUAAUUUUCUAGACACAAAC